AAGCUCACUGUGUGCGAUGAUGUAGAUUUUCUUCGCCAGAUGUUGGAAAAUUUCACCAUGAAGGUCGGAAAUACGAAAUCUGAAAAACGCAAAGAUUUUCCAUGACUUCAAUCCAUUAUCCAUUCUGACUUCGUAUUGGAUUUUUAACAUCUUUACAAUAUAAAAGUAAACACUGUCAAGACAAAUAAAUUCAAAGUAACUGCAGAACCUCAGAUGGCUGAACAUGCAACAUAUGCUGCUAAUCGUAUCGAGGAGCUUCUCAGGUGUGCCAUAUGUUUAGAUAGGUACAAUAAUCCUAAACUGUUGCCAUGCCAACAUACAUUCUGUGAAUCCCCUUGCCUAGAAGGGUUGGUAAGGGGCCUUACAAGAACGCUGAAAUGUCCCGAAUGCCGUGCGGAACAUAUCGUACCUUACCAGGGAGUCUCCGCUUAUCCCAACAAUUUAACAAUUCAAAACUUUCUUGCUCUUCGUCCAACAAGUGACGUCAGCGAUGAAGUAGUCGCUCCAGCCAGCGCAAACGAGGCAAGCGGAAAUGACGAAUUCUUUUAUAUUCCUAAUGGAGCAUGCUGCGCAGCAGAAGAUCUAGAAGAAGAGGAAGAAGAAGAGGAGGUGGUCUUGCCUAGGUAUCCUAGACUUCAAAACCGUAUUUCCCAUGCUCCACAAGCACCGAGAAGGCGCUGUCCUGCCUGUUCAAGGGAGGUGGAUCUAAUGAGAUGUUCCCACUGUGAUCAAUUGAUUUGUGCAACAUGCAAAAGCCUUCACAUGGAACAAAUACAGCGUGAAGUAACCCUUGUCUUGGGGCAACUCAAAAGAGGGGUACCAAGACUAACGGACAUCGCUGGCAAUCUUGAACGUAAAAUGGAGGCAGUGCGCCAAAGAGUUGAUUCCAUGAAAUCAGACAUAUCCGAGGCCAUUGAGCGCUAUAUCAUCGACUUGAGAUCAAGGCAAAGAUUGCUAAAUAAUGAAGCAGAAACUUUUCUUCAAGCAGAAAUACGAUCUUUAACACUGCAGAAAGACAACAUAGAGGUGGAAUUGGCGAUGUUAGCAUCCUUUGUAGACACAAACGAAUCGCUUUUCAGAAGACGGUACCUUGUUCUUCCAGAUGAUGACGUGAUGGAUUUGAAGCGACAAAGCGAACACCACUUGGAAAGGCUUCGAAGCUAUAAUGCUGAUAGAUAUCAGCCUCCCAGGGAAAGAUCCAUCGAAUUUAUUAUGGAUGGAACGCGGAUUUCGAACUGUAUUUCAAAUUUCGGUGAAAUAAGCACAGCACAAGCGAGAUUUUCGACGACAGAUGAGUCUUCUGGUGACUCUUCCUUGGAAAACUCCCCUACAGUCGUUUCUCAUGCACCAACACCAAACAUUACAUCCAGUUACGUACCUUCAACAACAGCACACACUACAUCUAGUUACCUACCUUCAACUACAGCACACACCACUCUUUACCCUCGCUAUUCAACUUCACAAGCUGCUUCUAGUUACGUUCCCUUGCAUUCAAUGCUCCCAACUUUUGUUUACCCCCGGCACUCAACCUCGCAAGCAGGCAAAACUUAUGCAGCUCCAUCCUCAACGCUAAAUGCUUCAGCUGCUUCACCACAUUCAACAUCACAGUCUGCCUCUAAUUACAGUCUUCCACAGUCAACCACUCCCCAAGCAAGCUCUAUAUGUCAACAACCACUUCUUUUGGACGAUGACUUGCCAGUCAUCAUAAACGAGGACAACUUACCAGAUCAGUAUUCAGAACCUCCGAUGUUUGACCUUGAAUAUUCUCCAAUAUCAACCCCAAUCUCAAUUCCAGAUGAGCCUACAUUUUUUGAUUCUUCAUCUGGACAUGUAAGAUCGACAACUGGCAUUGGCGUGACUGAUCUAUCAGGUCCCUUGGGAACGAGAUAUUCUCAAUCAUCUCGAUAUGAAAGAGAUUCUACCUACCCAACAUGGAGUACCUUACCAACAUCUGCUUCGAGGACUUUAACAUCUUCACCUUAUUCAGGUGCAGUUUCAAAUGUUUCUGUACCUCCUACUUACAUGGCAGCUUCUAACUCUUGGGGUACUCCGCAUUACACGUUUAUAAGGGACUUUGAUAGCGAAUCUGAAACAAGUAGCGAAGGAAUCCGCUCUCCAAGGCGGUCAAUGACACUUCACGAGAGAAGGCGACACAAUUUAUCGGACACAAGAUUAGCCACCCUGUUAGGAAGUUCGGCACCAUCCUAUACAGGUCAUCACCCCCUAUCUGCAUCUGAGAGGAGAUUCAGAAGUCUAAGUACCGGUGCUUCUUUUUACCGACUUAACGAAGCACGCGCAUUAAUUGCCUCCACCCGGCAAGCAACGGCAAAUCGUAUCAGAUCUAUUGUUGAAGAAGCAAAUGAUUCGUCUCCAUCUCGACAUAGAACGGACAGUAGAGAAAGCCCUGAAGAACGGAACAGUAGUCCUACCAGAGUUAGGUCCCUUAGCUCCAGUCCACGGUCUCGUCCACCUGUACGAUUUAAUAUUCACAUCGACGACGACGACGAUUCGGAUUCGUCUACUUCCGGUGAGCUUUUGCUUUCUCGACCGAUGGUGACGUUUUAUGAAAAUGAAAGCACAGUUGUUUCCAGCUCUAUAAUUCAAUAUACUAACAAAGGUCGAGCCAUUCGACAGAUUGGACAACGUGGUAACGACCUCGGGGAGUUUACGUGGCCCAGAGGGAUUGCUACUACACCAAGAGAGAACCAUAUAUUAGUAGCUGAUAGUCACAACAACCGCAUACAAGUCUUCGACAACACAGGACAGUUUGUCAGAUCUGUUGGUAAUUAUGGAACCGAAGACGGGGAGUUCGAUUCCGUAACAGGAAUUGCAGUCAAUAGUUUUGGGCAAAUUGUUGUUACAGACCGCAUGAACCAUCGAAUUCAAAUUUUUGACCACAACUGGAACUUUCAGCUCAUGUUUGGUGAGGAGGGGGUUGAGGCAGGGCAACUUCUGUAUCCCUGGGGAAUAGCUAGUGAUAACAUGGGAUUUAUAUACGUGUGUGACAAAGAAAACCACCGAAUACAAGUUUUCCAGUCCAACGGUCACUUUGUUCGUGAGUUUGGAAGUAUGGGCCACAGACUCGGUCACUUCGACAACCCGCAUUAUCUUGCAAUCAGCCCGGAUAAUCGAGUCUAUGUUUCUGACAGUAACAAUCACAGGAUACAGGUCUUCAGUAUGUACGGCGACUUCCUGUUCUCUUUCGGUUCUCAUGGAACAUGCCAGGGAGAAAUGAAACUUCCGAAAGGUAUAGCCAUAGACAGUCAGGGGUUCGUUCUUGUGGCCGACAGCGGAAAUAACCGAAUCCAAGUAUUUCACGGCGAUGGAAGAUUCUACUGUAUGUUUGGAAGCUAUGGAAGCGAAAAUGGACAAUUCAGAGGUUUAGAAGGAAUUGGAAUCCUCGGAAACGGUGAUGUUGUAGUCAGUGAUAGGGAAAAUCACAGAAUACAAAUUUUCUAAAAACUAAACUAGAAUUGAAUAAUAUGAUAGCAUUAAACUAUCAAUUUCGAGUAUGGUUUAAAGAUUCAUCGGGAGUUUCUUUCGAUAUAUAACAAAACUUAUGAAUUGUGUUAAGUAGAUAUACUGCAUUUUACAUUAAAAAAAUUGUAAGCCAAAACAAGUGCUGCAAUAUUUCAUAUAUCCCGGCAUUUGACUAAAUCACGUGUCGUUAAAGAAAAUUUCAAAUUAUCUACGUUUAUUACAUGUAAUUUCUGGGGAAAAAUAAAUUUCUACUUAAACAAUUACUGCAAAUAGGUCUGAUUACUAAUCAGAGCAAAAUGUGAAAUUUUACAUGACUGUAUGUUGCGAAUAAAUUCAAUUUAAAGGAGUAACGGUUAUAUUUCACAAUACUUUUUUUUGAAAAAUUGAGCUGUUAAACGUACAUCAUUACUUGUAAAAACCCCAAAAUUGAUAUGAAAGUUACUGUACUCUUCUUAACUUAAAAAAAGUAAGUCGAUCAGACCAAUUCAGCUAUUCAAUCGAAAGUACAAAGGUUUGUUUUGAAUAAAGGGUUUUUGUUUAUUCUUCACCGAAAAUUGUGAAUGUCUAAAAAAUUUCUACUUUUAGCAUGGACUUACAUGUAUUUGUAGAUAUAGCUAACAAAAUCUGAACAAUCGUACAAUUGUAGUGAAGUAAUCUUUCAGGCGCUUUUUUGUCAAUAUCUACAUUUGUGCCAAACAUCUGUUCUCUCAGGAUGUACAAAGCUCGCGCAUGCUCAGAUAUAUUUGUUAUUUCACAAUGUGUGCCGCCAUUUUAGCAGCACUUAUUUUACCUUUGAUAUGAGUGACAUUAUUUUCUUUACUAUCUUAAGUGUGAGAAGCGUUAUUUUUGUUUUAGAUAUUUUUUUUCCAUUUGGUUAGUUACUUUGUUUUUUUUAUGAUUUCAAGGAUAACAUACCAUUGGAUAUUAAGCAUUGCAAUGUAUUCCUACAUUUUGCCUUGUUCGAAAUUGUAAUUUUUUUUUAUCAGUAUUAUUGAGGCAUACAGUUUUAUCAGUAUUUUAUUUUACCUUAUCUACAAAAUAAAUUCAGCUGAAUUACUUUAAAGAGAAUGAUCCAGUGACCUGUAAUUGAAAAUUUGAGAUAUACUGAUGCAUUUUAGCAUAUUAAAAAAAUGAGACAACUGUAGAUCCAACAUUUGAAAUGUUUUUAUGUUUUAUAUAUAAUAUUAAAAGAAUGAUGUACCAAGUUUCUUUAAUUGUAUUAUAGCUUUUAAAAGCCAAUUAAUUGCAGUUUAAUAUCCACUGCUUGUAUAUAUGUAUAUUACAUUAUUUUUUCAUUUCUCACUUUAUUCUGAUACGGUUGGAGUAAAGUUGUUAUUAAAGAGUGAAAUGAAAUAGUUGUAAUAAUUCAUUUAUAUGUAUUUCUAGAUGUCUAAAUCACGGUAUACGAGAGAGAGAGAGAGAGAGAGAGAGAGAAUUUCAUUCCUGAAAACUGUUUUUGGAAAUGAAACAAACCGUAAAAGUUUUGAUUUAAUUAAUGGUAAAUAAUUACAUGUAUCUCGGAAAACCACCACCCAUCCAAUAAAAAUCAGACAUUCCACGAAUGCCGUAUUGACGAACUGGUAAACAAAACCGGCCACGCUAAAUAUUUAGGUUCAUAUUUCUGUGGCAUAGAUUCUGAUGUUAGACGCAGAAAAUAGAAGCAGACAAAAAGACUGAUAAUUAGGUUUGACCUGUGACCUUUUAAUCAGGGAUUCUGAGUUCCUGCCAACAGAUUCUUCUGCCACUUUUCUGCGAUUGAGAAGCACAUGGCAUUUCUGAACAUUGUAUCCAGUUUGUACGGAAGAAUCUGUUUAGUGUUUUGACGGAAAUAUGUGAAGGUGACCUUAAUCCGGACGAAAUCUACUCGGCAUUGAUUGUUUAAUGUUAAUCACAAUAUGCUGAUAAUUAUACUCUGUAAAUAAUAAAAAGAUGACCAUGGACCUCCUUGUAAACAUGAGCCCCUCUUCGUAAGUUGGUAAGAAGAGUAAUAAAAAUAUGGAGGUAACCUCUGAGAAAUGUCGACAUCCACCCUCAUCCCCUUCCAUAAAGUAGGUUUUUGCGUUUGUAAAUUUUUGGUUUAUUUUCUUUAUAAAUUUAAUAACUCUUAAAAAUUCCCAGGGAGUCCGCGACACCCCUCCCCCCCUUCCAAAGCUGGAACCACUACAAUGAAAAUCGUCUACUUAAGUUAAAUUAUAUAAUCGAUAUCUAUUCCCCCUUUUUAUGUGCAAGUGUUACUACAGGGUUGAACCAAAGUCUCACCAGGAAAUCAAACCGAUUUAAUGAACUUGAUGCAUUUUUCUAUCAAAAACAAAUUUCUGUAGCAGGUUAAAAACUUUUUAAAAAUUAAAUUUGAAUGAUCGAGGCCUUUGGUCAAUUUAAAAUUCACAAUACUAUUAUGAAAAACAAUAACACGACUUUUAAAUGCCAAAUAUUAAGAAGUUCCACUAGAUAAUCUUAGAUUAAACUUAUUUAAUUUGUUUAAUCACUCCAGCCUGCUAAUAUCACUAAUCCUCUAUAUGUACUUGUACAUGUAUAUUGCUUCAAUUCUAUCCAAUCUGGAUAACGCUACAUUACAUGUUCAAUAAUACGAUCUUCCUUUGGAUCACCAUUCUUUUUGUGAAAACUGUUUGGUAUCUGGUACUAGCAGUAAAGCGAUAAUGGAGUUUCGUGCUCUCUCUGUAAUUCUCGUGGUCCUAACAAUCACUUUAUGCCUGGCUACAAAGGGUAAGUUCAGUAAAAAGAAAUAUCUUUGUGUAUAUCAUGUGAUUUGUGUAUAUCAUGUGAUUUGUAUGUUUUGAUGAAUCUCCUUUUCCAUAUUCUCUCUCUCUAUCUCUCUCCAAGAUCUGUAUUUGUUUAAACCAAUUCAAGAUAUGCGACUUUUAAUUUAUAAGGUAUUAUUAUAAUUAUGUAAUUGCAAAUAGAUGAUGUAUCUGAAAAACUUAAAUACAAUUCUUCAUAAAUAUGGAACAAUUUAAAGCAGAA